AUGGCAGAUGCUAUUGAAUUAUCUAAGCAAUUAGAUAUGUGGGGAACGAACAUAAUGGAGAGCAAGCAUCUUCAUGUGAGAUGUAUGGCUCACAUACUUAACUUAAUCGUGCAAGAAGGUUUGAAGGAAAUUAAUAUUUCUGUCAAAUGGGUUAGGCAAAUGGUGAGGUAUGUUAGAUCUUCUCCGGCACAAAACUUUGAAAAGGCCUUUGACAGAUUUGAUCUUUUUGAUGAACAUUUUAAAACUUAUCUAUCUACUCAUAUUUGUGAGGAUGGAAGUGUUGUUGGAUUACUUGCAUGUGAUGAUUGGGCAAAUGUGAGAAGUGUAGUAAAAUUUGUUGAAAAUUUUUAUGAACUUACAAUAAAGGUUUCAGGUUCACAGUAUGUUACAUCUAGUGUUCAUUUUGAGGAUGUAUGUGAGCUCUAUGUAUACUUGAAACAAUGUCUUACAAGUGAAGAUCGUAAUUUGAGAAAUAUGGCUCAUGGGAUGAUGAUGAAGUUCAAGAAAUAUUGGGGCACUCCUGAUAAGAUGAACUCGAUGAUUUAUAUUGCUUUUGUGUUAGAUCUUCGAAAUAAAUUUAUGUAUGUUAGUUUUGGACUUGGAGAACUAUUUAGGGAGGAAAUGGGAAAGAAAGUAGAUACACAAGUGAAGGCUUAUAUGGAAACUUUGUUUGAAAAUUAUUUAAGAAAAUAUUCAAAAGAAUAUCAACAUCAAUCAUCUCCAUCUAGAUCUACUUUAUCGAAUUUAUCUGAUUCAUCUAGCUCUUGUUCUCAAAAUUCGAGAACAAAAGCUUUGAGAACUAAGUUUUACAUGAAGAAACAAAAGGAAAAUAGUGGAAGCGGGGCUUCUAAGUCGGAGUUAGAGAGAUACCUUAAAGAAGAUCAAGAGCCUGAACAUUAUAAUUUUGAUGUCUUAAGUUGGUGGGAAGUUAAUGCUCCAAGAUUUCCUAUUCUUUCAGAGUUAGCUCGUGAUGUAUUGGCUAUUCCAAUUUAA